AUGAGUUUUAAGUUCAAAUCAGAGUAUCAUUAUCAUCAUCAUCACAACGCUAAUUGUGCUGAGUUGUACAAGGCUGGCAAUACAUUCAGCGGUGUCUAUUCGAUUGAUCCUGAUGGUUUAGGUGCCUUUGAUGUGUACUGUAAUCAGAGCACAGCUGGAGGAGGAUGGACGGUAAUCCAGAGGAGACUGGACGGCUCUGUUGAUUCUAAUCGUUGCUGGUGCGACUACAAGCAUGGCUUUGGUAACAUGACUGGUGAGUAUUGGUUGGGAGUGGACAAGAUAAACCACCUCACUUGGAGAACAAAGAACAAAGUCCGAGUAGAUCUGGAAAUUGGAUUCAAGCAGAAAGUUCAUCAUCCCUACGCUGAGUACGACUUGUUCGUAGUUGACUCGGAAUUGAAAAGUUACUCCUUGACUAUUGGAGAAAUGUCAACAGGCAAGUUAUAUGUUGCGUCAUAA